AUGGGAGAAGGUUUUGCAAAUUCAAAAAUAACUUCCAUUAAAUUUUUAUCUAGCAAGAUUAUCAAAUUACCUGACUAUUCAUUCUUUAAUUGGAAAAAAAUACAAUCAAUUGAAUUCAACUCUAAAGUAAUUUCCAUAGGACAAAGCUGCUUUUCGAAAUGUUUUGAACUUAGAGAAAUUAAUCUUCCUGAUAUUUUCGCAAUAAGUGAUUAUGCAUUUUAUAAAUGCAUAAAUUUAGAGAAGAUAUCAGUCCCAAAUGUUCAAAUUAUAGGUGAAUAUGCAUUUUGGCAUUGUGAUAAAUUAAUAAGUAUUGAAUUUCCGAAAGAGUUAUUUAAUAUUGGUCAGUAUUGUUUUGCGAAUUGUAAAUCACUUAAAAAUAUAAAUAUUGGAAAUCAAUUGACAAAAAUUCCUGGUUUUGCUUUCGCGUCAACAAAGUUAGAAACAUUCGAAAUAACAAAUAAAAUAAUGUUUGUGAAUGGAUCUUCGUUCGCAUUCUGCAGAAAUCUAAAACUGAUAGUUCAUGAUGAUCAUCCAAUAUUCUGUGUUACAUCACACGAACUAUAUAUCAAGAGUUCUAUGACAGUUGUUUGUGUUUUUGGCCUUCAAGAAGAAAUAUAUGAAGUUAGUGAAGGUAUGAAGAGUUUUGAUGAACUCAGUCUCCAACUUUCUGAAUAUGAUUAUUUAAUAAGAGAUCAACCAUUUAAUGAUGAAUUGGUUAUGAUUCUCAAUUCGGAUAGGAUACCUAUUCUGAAAUUACCUAAAUCUGUUAUUUCUCUUGAUGAAUCUGCGAUGAAAUAUUGCUUCUUUACUCCAUUUUCAAUUAAUAAAACUGGUUAUAAGAUGAUUAAUCCAACAAGAUGUCCUGAUGAAUACCAAGAAAUGUAUGUAAUACCUCCUGGCAGAAAAGUUUCACUGUAUAAAGUAUUUUCAACAGAAAUGACACCUGCUUCAUGA